CCGUAAAAUGUGCUGGCAAUACUUCUAUAAUGUCAUUUACAUGUCAAUAAGAAUUGCAGCAAAACCUCUUCCGGUUGUCUAGCUAUCGAUUGAGGUUGUUCAAUAAUUAGAAUUUUUAAAGACCAAAUUCGCUAUGCCAUUUUAUUGAUCAAAAUUCUUGCAGUUUUUAAAAUUGUGUGUGUAGUAACUAAGGAGAGGUAAUUAAAAAUUAAGAAUGAGUGGUUCCAAAACACCACCCCCACAACAGUUUAAUUUGCUACCAAAAAUUAUAAAUGGAGGCAUUGCUGGAAUUAUCGGCGUAUCGGUUGUCUUUCCCCUGGACUUGGUUAAGACUCGACUACAGAAUCAGACCGUAGGGCCCAAUGGCGAACGACAGUAUAAGAACAUGUUGGACUGUUUCAAACAGACAUAUAGAGCGGAGGGUUACUUUGGCAUGUACCGAGGGUCCGCAGUCAACAUCAUCUUGAUCACUCCGGAGAAGGCAAUCAAGCUGGCGGCUAAUGAUUUCUUCCGUUAUCAUCUCACUCUACCCGAUGGAUCGUUGCCAAUAGUUCGGCAAAUGGCCGCUGGCGGUAUGGCAGGUGCAUGUCAAAUCGUCAUCACCACUCCCAUGGAGUUGCUGAAGAUUCAGAUGCAGGACGCGGGGAGGCUCGCAGCUCAAGCUAAAGCCGAGGGUCGUAAAUUUGAACGAAUAACCGCGAUGCAGUUAACGCGCCAGCUUUUAAAAGAGCGCGGAAUCUUCGGCUUGUACAAGGGAGUGACCGCGACCGCCGCUAGGGACGUAUCAUUCUCCCUCGUGUACUUCCCAUUAUUCGCGACACUCAAUGACCUCGGACCUCGAGAGAAACCUAAUGAACCGCCACCAUUCUGGUGGUCAUUCCUCUCCGGUUGCGGUGCCGGUUCAACUGCUGCGUUAGUGGUCAACCCCAUGGACGUGGUGAAGACCCGCAUGCAGACCAUCGCAAAGGGCUCCAAUGAACGACAGUACUCUUCUAUUAUGGAUUGCAUCACGAAAACCAUGAUGCAAGAAGGUCCAACGGCGUUCUUUAAGGGAGGAGCGUGUCGAAUGAUAGUUAUUGCGCCGCUGUUCGGCAUUGCUCAAAGUAUUUAUUACAUAGGCUUAGCCGAAAAUUACCUAGGCAUCAAGUAGAGUAAACCAGCUAUACGAAAAACAUUCUUGCCGCCCGUAAUAAGUUUGUAAUUUUAUCCCCACACUGCAAUAAAACCAUUUAUUUUAGAAGACGCACAUGUACCUUUGUAUUGCUUAGCUUUUAAAGAAAAAUACAUUAUUUGGCGGGAGGCAUAAAGCUAAAAUUUUCGUUAGAACUGUACUGUUUUGAGAUUGGCUGAUAAAUUAUAUGAAUUCAUCAUAUUUUCUUUUGAUAAUAUUAUUAAUUUUUUUUUAUAUUGAAUAUAAAAUAUGUGUUAAUGUACUUUGGUCACACUUACUCCAUGUCUCAAGGUUUUAUUAUUAAUAUUAGCCCUUUCAAAGGACAAAGACACUAUUUUGCUUAAUUUAAUUGAGAAUGUGUUAUUUUUUGAAUUAGCAAAUGUUUAGUAUAAAUUAUAGAAAAUUACUUUUGUGUAUUCAAGUUGAAAUAUGACUCAGUUUUAAUUGUAAUAUUUUUAUUAUUAAAAAUUAACUUUAAUAUUUGUGCUGUGCGAUUAAUUGUUUAACUUAUGAAUUAUUUAUAUUUAAUUUAUUUAUCAACUUUGUAAACAGAAUAUUGUUUUGUUUCAAUAGAAUUAAAAAAAAUCGGUUUGUCUGUGUGAAUUAAUCAAUCAUAACAUGAAACAUCCAUUACAAUUUUGAAUAUACAUCGUAAUACAUAGCAAACAAGAUUAAUAAGUCUAGAAAAUUUUCCAUUUUUCGAUAUAUAAAAAUAAAAAAUUUAAAAUGUUUACUAUGCGUCCAUCAGUAUUUAAAACUAUACAUAAACAUGCUUGUUAUAAUAAUGUUGAUAUGAAAUUAUUUUUGUAUGUGUUAGUAGGACUGUUAUGAAGCUUUAAAGUGACAAUUAUUAUUUGAACUGGUAAUACAAUAAUGUAUCUUUCAAUACUAGACGAAAACGAGAUGUUUUUCCAUUUCUAAGUCACAGUUGCCAAAUGUCUUGUGAACUGACAAGAAAAUAGUUUUUAUCAGACCCGGUUUCUAAGUAUUAUAAUAUUUUAUAUAUACUGGCUCUUAUUUUUUAACAUUAAUGUGAUGGGUAUUAAUGAAAUGGCAACCCCACUCAAUCUAUCUUUUUAACACGUGACAAAAAAGUAUAUAUAAGAUUUGUUGGAUAAUAUUUAAUUAUAAUCAAAAAAUUAACAAUAAUAAACUGUUUAUUUUAAUAUAUUAAACAUAACAUAGACGAGGGAUACAUUAUUGUAACUUAAGGAAAUUUGUUACUGUACUUAGCUAUUACUUGAUGUUAUCGGGUAUACUCAGCAUGUACUGUCUCUUUCACUAAGUGAUAUAUAUAUGCUUUAGUCCCCAGCUAGCUUUUGUUUUUGAUAAAUUGUGUGCAUUUAAUUUUUAUAAAGAGUUAUUAUUUUUUGUUAGAAUAGAUAACGCCUUUGGCAUCAUUAAAUAAUACUGCCGUGAAUAACAGACUACAAUAUACAAUGUUUGUUUUUUUAAUCUGUACCGAAAAUUAAUUCAAUCGACAGACACAUAAAUAAACAUAAAAUUAUCUUGCUGUUAUUGACAUCUAUGUCGACAGAAAUAUAAGGAAUUAUUAAACGAAUAUGUGUAUUUACAAGAGCUUAUCCGAGGGGUAUCAAAAUAUUUAAUAUCAUGAUGACAUACAUAUAUGUAGGUAUAUAACAAAUAUUAAAUUCUGUAAAAUAUAUUCAACAAUGCUGUCGAUUACUUUAUAAUAUCGUUCCUAUAUCGGCGUACAUUAAGCAUGUCCAGUGAUGUAACGAUAGCGAAUCAAAAGUGGAACGCCUAUUAAACAUAUUAACCAUGAAUUUAAAAAAAAGUAUUUUUUUUACUGGUAACCCCUGAUUGCCAUAUAAUUGAUAUUAUUAAAUAUAUUGAGAUAGCUUCAAAGCUAAUUUGGCUCCACUAAUUGUGUGACAUUUAUGUGGUGUUUUAAAUGUAUCGAUGUGUAAUUAUAUGAACGUACUCUGUUCCAAUGUCGUUCAAUUACCGAUUUGACAAUAAUAAUAAUAAAAUUAUAUCAGAUGUAAUCGUAAGUAUUGUAAGUGUUGACUAGAAAUCUUCCUCUAGAUAGUAAUCCGUGUCAAUUCAAAAGUUUGUUAUGAAGUCGAUUAUUGUGUCCAUUAAUUAAAAAUCAUGGUUAUAAUAACUAAUGAAUAAUAAUUGCGGUGAAGUGACUUCUUAAUUUAUCCAGUUUGCAAUGUUAAAAAUCUCAUAAAUUAUAUUUUAUUCGUAUUAUACUAUCAAAAUCGAAUAGGUUCCGUUAAAUAAAAUAUAUUAUGUUAUCUGUAAAACAUAUUUUUAUUAUCAAUUUCUGCUCAUGUAAACUAUUUACUCAUACAAGCAAUUCAAUGUUUUGUCAUGUUUAUUAAGCUUUGCACAAUUUCCUGUGUAUUAACUAUAUCGUGUACGUAUUUAUACGCAUUUAAAAUUGAUAUUAAAUAAUAAUUGGUAUUAAUUUGAUAUGCAGUUAUGUAAUUACGCAAUCUGUUUUAUAAUCUGUUGCUACGGAAAGUGCCAAUAAAAGACAAAACAUUAACUAGUCAUUUAUACUUAUAAAUGUUAUUUUAAUUAAAAUUCCGUUGAAUUCCAGUAAAUAAUAACAUAUUUAAUUUCGCUAUUUUAUUU